UAACAAAUGAUGUAAUACCACGUUUCUAGCUGAAGAAUACUUUUCACCAUGUUCCGAUUUGAAUGUUGUGUGUUGAUCGUAUGUGUUGGAAUCUGGGGCCAGGUUUCAACGAAAAACAUGGCGAAUCUACCGGAAAACUGGAAAGACUUCAUCGAUCCGGAGAUUCUGGCAAAAAGUGAAAAAGAUGACGAGUUUACGCGCUAUGACAGCGAUCUGCCGGAAGGAGACAUUCUCGGACUGCAAACGUUGCAACUUGAGCACGCAGCUGCAAACGCCGUCAACGGAGCCAGCUUCUUCUGGCCGAACAACACGAUUCCCUAUGAAUUUUCCAAAAAGCAAAACGCAUUAAUGACAUCAAAAGAAAUGCAGAUUAUUCUGGAAUCAAUGCGCUUAAUUAGUCUCCUUUCCGGGAACUGCGUCAAAUUUGUGGAGCGCGCCGAUGAAGAGGAUUACGUCUCCUUUCAGAAAGGACUGCAAUGUAUGUCAAAUAUCGGUCGCAUCGGAGGGAAACAAGCCGUUGUGUAUUCGCCCGCAUGUCUGAAGCAACACGGUGAUGUGCAGCACGAACUGAUGCACGUACUGGGUUUCUUUCACGAACAUUCGCGAGCUGACCGAGACCAGUAUGUUAUCAUCAUCUGGGACAACAUUGCCAAAAGCGACAAAGACCAGUUUGCCAAACACGAAGACGGAAACACGUACGAAUUGCCUUAUGAUUACGAAUCAGUAAUGCACUACAAGCACAAUGCCUUCGCCAAAGACAUCAUGAUCCCGACUGUUGUACCGACCAGCCGGAAGUCAAAGAUUGGGCAGAACAAAGCGCUGAGUCCUUUGGAUGUUGUAAGAAUACAUCGACGGUUUCGGUGCGCGAUUGCCGACCCGAACAUCUUGGCAGGAGGUGCGAGUAGUGAUAAGGACAAAGAAAAACGGGAUGACUGUCCUGUCGCGAAGUCAAGCCAGGACGAUCAGCGCAACUGUGAAAGCGGCACUGAUAAUGAUGGAAACGUGGAGACGGCUGACACAACGGAAGCAUUUCCGCGGUUUUCCCAGGAGCCAAUGACGUCAGAACAAUGUGGCCUCCAGUUUACGGCCAACUGUAAACCUUCACGAUAUACUGCUAGUAGCUGCGCAACUGGUCAAGAGCUUGCCAUCGAUUGCGGCAAGCUCGUCACUUCGGCAGAAAUUCAGCAAAUCAGCGCCGGAAUCUCGAAAUCUCCGAUGAGAGCAAUUACGGUUGAUCUGUAUGAUGACGAACACAUUACUUUCGACAAUUUUCAAGCAGUCCGGAAGCAAGUGGUUGCAUUGUUUAUCCGCGACUGCAUUUCCAGUCGCACCUCCCAAAAGCUUACCACACUCGGCUUCUCUAAUUUGUUACACUUCUGGCUUGUGAACUGCCACGGUAUGGAGAUAAAGAAAACCGACUUCAGCCAAUCGAACAAGAUCAGAGCGAUUCUUUUCGAAAACACCACUAUUGAAUUAUUAGAACAAGGCACGUUCACCGAUUUGCCAUCUUUGCGAGUGUUGUCUUUAGAGUUCAACAUGAACCCGAUGGCUGCUUUCGGGACACCCACUCUUGAGUACAUGAAGAAACUCCACUGCGGUUGUGAAUUCCAUUGGUUUCGUGAUUGGUGGGAAAAUAAUCCGCAGUUGCUACGAAAGGCCGCGGAAGGCGAAGUUUACUCUAUUCCACAAUCAUGGAUGAAUUCAGCCUAUAGUAAAGAGAAUAUAUAUUUGCCUAUUGACUGCUCCGUAAAUCCAUUCCCUGGUGCACCAGAUUCCAUUGAUUACAGCCGGUACAGAUUCUCAAUCAACGUUCCAGAUUGUACGACUAGUCAUAAUGACAACGAGAAACGGAAUGACAGCCCUGUCACGAAGUCAAGCAAAGAAGAUCAAUGCGACUGUGAAAGCAGCAUGGAUAACGAUGAAAACAAGGACGCCGUUUCUACUUCGGAAAUCUUCCUACAGUUUUCCCAGGAGCCAAUGGCUGCAGAACAAUGUGGUCUCCAGUUCACGGCCAAUUGUAAUGUACCAGGAUAUACAACUGAUAACUGUACAACUACCCAAGCGCUUACCAUCAAUUGUGGCAAGCACAUCACUUCGACAGAAAUUCGCCAAAUCAGCGCCGGAAUCUCGAAAUCUCCGAUGAGAGCAAUUGAGGUUUAUCUUUAUGAUGGUGAACAUAUUAUAUUUAGAAAUUUUCAAACAGUCCGGCUGCAAGUGGUAUUUUUGGGUAUCAGAAACUGCACUUCCAGUCGCACCGCCCAAAAGUUAAACGAACUCCGUUUCACUAGUUUGAUGAACUUCCAGUUGGAAAGCUGCUAUGGGCUAGAGAUAAGGAAAGCUGACUUUAGCUAUUCAAACAAGAUUAGAGCCAUCACUUUCUUUAAUACUACUAUUGAAAUAUUGGAAAAAGGAACGUUUACCGAUCUGCCGUAUCUACGACUUUUGGCUUUAGAAUACGGCAUGCAUCAGAUGGAAGUUUUUGAGAGACCUAUUCGUAAUUACCUGAAGGAGCUCCACUGUGGUUGUGAGUUCCAAUGGUUCCGUGACUGGUGGGAAAGUAACCGGCAGUUGCUGCGCAAAGCCGCAUCAGGCGAAGUGUUCUUCAUUCCAGAUUCAUGGAGGAGCGGAGUUUUUACCAAACAGGACAUUUAUUUGCCUAUUGACUGCUCGGUGAAUCCAUUUCCUGCUGUACCGGCCUCCGUUGAUCAUAAACAGUACCGAUUCUCAAUUAACGUACCGGGCUGUAAGUUUGUUUCGGGUGAAUCACAGUGUUCUGAUAAACUAACGAACUCCAAAGACUCGUUUCUGGCCUUUUCAACUGAUCCGAUGAGCGACGAGGAGUGCGAUAGCCAGUUCACGGCAAAUUGCAAACCAACCGGCCAUACGCAAAGCGAAUGUCUAGUAAAGAAGCAGGUAGAAAUCAACUGCAACCGCAAAGCCAGCUCGGAAGAAAUCGGUCGCAUGCUCACAAGUAUCAACAAGGCACCCUUGCGUCCUGUGCGGGUUGUAUCGUCCGACGACUCUGAACUAUCGUCCAUCAACCUUGGUGAAGUGGGAAAACAGGUUGCUGAUUACAAUCUAAUCAACUGCACAGAUGAAAGGGCAACAGGAAGGCUGCGUGAAAUGCGGAUGCCCAACCUUUUGGAGUACAAUCUGCACAGAUGUCUCAACUUACAUGCAAAAAAGGGGGAUUUCGAGUAUUCUCCAAAAUUACGAAUGGUUGCGUUUUGGAAUUCAACAUUUCGUACUAUCGAAAGUGAUACUUUCUCUCAGUUACCGGCACUGCGAAUAUUGUCACUUGAGGCCGAGAUCAGAAAGGCAGUAACGUUCAACGCAGACAUCAAGGACUAUCUGUUCCGACUUCACUGCAGCUGUGAUUUUGCGCCAUUCCGCAAAUGGCGGAAAGACAACAAGCAGUUACUCCGAGCGGCUGAGAAGGGACAAGUGUAUUGGUUUCAGGAGAGUUACUACAGCUGGCAGUGCCAGUCAAGUGACGUUUUUCUGCCAAUAGACUGUUCUGCAGAUCCCUUUCCUUCUGGACCAAGUUCCAUUAACUUUAGUCAAGUCGAAUUCUCACUGAAUGAGCCUGCCUGCUGAAUUGGUUGUCAGCAGGCUGUUUGAGACGGCAAGAAUCGCAGCCAUGCGGCGCAUCUGCUAAACUUGCUGUAAACGCUGUUAGCAAUAAUCCAUAGAUAUGCAUGUCGAGUUUAUGCAACAGCACCGGUUUCUCAUGAGUUUGUCAAAUUUUUCUUUUUCUUUGUGUCUGACCUGUUCUUUAAAUCUUGUUGAGGAACAAUA